CGAUGUUGUGACCUUCAACUGCUCAGCAGCCUCCGUCAGUGGACGAUGAGGCGUUGCUCGCAUUUUUUGUUCACACAUAAAGUGCUACGUUCCGUAAUAAGGCGUCGAUUGCCGAGUUAUGGAUUGUCGCUCAGGUAUGGUGAACAGUUAUUUGGUUAAUGAUGAAGUUAUCAAAGGUUACUGUCUACUUUAGUAUCUGGAAGUGAUUCUGAAAGGUGCCAUGGACCCAUAAAAUAUCCACCAAAUGUUUCUGAAAUCCAUUACUUUUUGCAAAAUCACAAGAUGAAAGCAGUUGCUAGUAAAUCAGAAGAAGUCGAAAGAGUAGUACUCAGUAUCUGGGAUAAGAUCCUUGAAAUUGGUGAUAUCGCUUUAGUAGAAAAAUACUUAAAUGUGAAAAUCAAUUUAGGAAUGAUCUUUAAUGCGAGCGAUGUGUUGGCUUGUCUUAAGAAGAGGGACAUGAGUCCUAGUGAGUGCAUUUUCGGAGCUUUCAUUCGUCAAAGUUGUGUGGCCGGAGAUAUUAAGCAGGCAAAAUCACACUUACGGUCGUUAAAGGAGUCUGGGGUCAUUCCUAGCUCACAUACGUUUUCCCAUUUUCUUCAUGGUUACGUUAAAGCUGGGUUGCCUAAUAAGUUGGUUUCUUUGCAAGAAAAGUUGUCAGUUAUCGGUUUAUGGCCAUCGAGAAUUGGGUAUGAAAGUAUCUUGUCUGCUUAUGCCGAUCUUGGGGACAAAAGUAGUUUGAUGAAAACUCUAGAUGAAGCCCUCACUGUUCUUCAGCCUGUAAAAGCCGAAAUGAAGCAAAUUGAUUCUCACGUAUUUCCUCCGUCAUUUAUUUUGGAUAUUUACAUAAAGCUCGUUUGUUCGCAAAAAGACCCCAGUGCAACAUGUCGCGAAAUAUUGAAAAAAAUGCCUCUAAUACUUGGCCCAAACACUUUUGCAUCGGAUGCAGUCAGAAUUCUCCUAGCUCGUGGACGUCCUGCAGCUGCUCUAGAAGUUUUUAAGAUGAUGGAUCCGGAGAAUAUGAAUAGCGCAUAUUUGUAUUCAUUACUUCAUUUUGCUGUUCUUGGCGGUUUGAGUGAAGAACAACUGCAACCAUUCUGGAAAAUUCCGACUCGUGAUGAUUCACACCUUCAAAUGCUGGUCAAUAAAAGUAAAUCUUAUUUUGAACGGAACAUUUCACAAAAAUCCGGAAAUCUUGCAAACGAAUGGAAGAACCCAGAAGAUACCGCUCAUUCAUCUAGGACUCUAUCUGAUCUUGAAUCCAUAUUAUCGAUCCACAAUGUUUCCGACCCUGUUCUACGCGCUUGUGCUUUAUUUCGUGAAAAUAUGUAUCACAAAUUGUCAUUUCGUGUUGUUGACAUUGAACAUGUUUUCUGGAAUGCCGUUAGAAAGAAUUCGCUUAGCAAUGUGCCUCGCUCAAUCGAAGCGCUUAUUGAUCUGUUCCUGUUGACAAAAGAUUAUGAUGGUUUCAAAAUUUUCUUUCAUCGUGUUGCAUUUGAUUUACCAAACCAUGCACAUCUUUUCCUCAAUCGGAAUACGGUUAAAGAAUUCUUAACUGAGCAUACUCAAGAGAACUGGGAUUUUCUAGUGUCCGUUUUGAGAUCAAAAGUUAUUCCGGAUGGCAUUGCUUGUUACUGUAUUCGUGCAAUGGAAGACCAACGUCCUAUGUAUCCGGCACUUAAUGAUCAUGUUCAACCUUCAUGGUUUUCAGAAUUACUACUUCGUCGUUUACGUAAAUUCGACCAUUCAAAAAUAUUGAAAAAUCUUCAUUGGAUAACUAAAAGUUUCUGCAAGUCUAAUUCUGCUGAUAUUGUAUAUUCAUUACAACAAAAAGCGAUUGAACAUGGUUUUUUGUUAUUACCUGAAACAAUUAAAUCAAUAAUUAUCACACCUUAUCUUGUUCGAGGUAAUCUAUUAGAACAUCGUCAUUUAUGUUUUAGAAAUCAUGAAUUGACAAGUCACUAUCCUGUUAAUUUGAACAGUGAUGAUAAUAAAAAUGCAUUUAAACAAUUCGAUUCAAUUAUUAAAAUCUCAUCGACUACAAGUACUGAAGAAACAGUUGAUAGGACCGUGAAUUGGUUAGUAAAACAUAUUCCGUGUCAUUUAUUCAAAACACCAAUUGAUUCGCUGACUUUUGAUAUACCGACUUGGUUAAUUAUUUGUCAACGAUUGUUACAAGACGGUUCAACGUUUAGUGAACCUAUUAACUGGAUGAAUUUAGCUUUGAAAUGGCUUGAACAAACAAGUAAUGAGCCUAAUUACUUGGAUUGUUUCAAAGAUUGGUUCAAGUAUGCACCAAAUAACAGUACUUCUACAGCAUUAUUGAUUGCUGGUCUUAUUAAUCCCAAGUCUCGAGAAUGGGCUUUAUCGGUUCUUUCGGAGAGAAACGAUGCAAUGUACGAUAUUAUUGUUUCUGAUUCUCUUAAUCACCUUUCUGUCAAAAAUCAAUGUUCUCUAGCUGAAAUUAUCUCAGGAUUUGGAAAAACAAAUACAUUGGCAGUUGCACGUCAAUUAUACAGAAAUGGUUUUGACGCUCCCACUUUACAGUAUAUUAUUAGCAAAUCGCCUGAAAAUGAAUACAUAAAUGAGCUUGUUCAAUUGUCUGUAGCAAAGACUAGUUGGAUUACUCCAAUGUUAGAUUUCAUAUCGGAACACUACCCUGAUAAAAAGUUAACGUUUUAUAACAACCUAUUAACUGUGUUGAGAACAAGAGCAGAUUCUCGAGAUACCUUGAUUUUGGUUUCCAAACUUCCUCAUGAUUCAAUAUCACAGUUAGAUCCUAUUAAUAGAUGGUUCUUAGAUGCAAUUUCAAAAUUGAUUAUCUUUUCUAAAGUGUCUCAGAAACUAUUGUUCAGUGAUUUGAACUCUGUUUUAUCAAAUACUGGGUUAUCAUCAAAUUUAGUUUUCUAUGAUCUUUGUGCAGCGAUCAAUAGUUCGAAAUAUCAAACCCUUAUUGAAUCAUUGAAAAGUAUUAUGGAUGAAAAGUCAUUGGAUAUUGUCGUAUCGUUUGUAAUAUACUUUAUACUGAUCAAUAAGGGCGUUACUGAUUUAUAUCAACUACUUCAUUUUACAUCUCAUACUCAUGAAAAGAAGAUCUUAUUUCUGUUUUGUAAAUAUUCUCAACCAUUCAUAAAAUAUAAUCUAAAGUAUUGCAUCCUUUCACAAGGACAACACUAUAAUGGUGAUUCAUUAGAUUGGUUAUCAAUGUCUGGUAUGCAAUUUUUGGAAAUCAAACCAUUCCCGAUUAAACAAAAGGAUAAUGUACCAGUGAAAACAAUUGAGGAUUGUAUGGAACUGUCACCCGAAAAAUCUAUAGCUGAUAUCGCUCAAUUUCUUGUUAAUCAACAUAAAAGUAAUGAACGUGUGGGAUAUACUGUACAAUCAAUAGGACAAUUGUGGGAUUUGCCAAGUAGAUUGAUUUUAUUACAUCACUUUGUGAAUCUUGGAGCUGUAUCUUUAUUCAAACGUAUUUUGUGGUCUCUGCCUAAACAAGAUCGGGAAAUGUUAUACCCAUUAAAAUUUGUUGCUUAUAUAAUACAGGCUUUUUCGAGUUCUGCCCUUACUGGUGGUAUGCAAAAUGCGGAAAAUGCAAAUUUCGCUAUUCAAAAACUAACAGAUUUACCAUCUAAUCAAUUAGCUACUAUUAUUUGCAGUCCACACAUGGAUACUUUGUUUCAGUGUUGGCCUACUAAACAUAUAAAAAACUUGAUUACAAUUGUAAAUAAAAUAUCCGAAAAUGGUAAUAGUUCAAUUAGUUCACAGUUAGCUGGAGUUUUAGUCAAUCGUGGAUUAUAUAGCCAGAUUGAUCAUUUGAUCAAGAUCAAUAAGCCUAUACCGCCCAUAUUUUUGGCUGGUAGUUCUCGAUUUCCGCUAACGGAAUCAUCUUUCCUAUCAACAUUGGAAUUUGUGAAUACUCAUAAUCCUGAACAUAUUUCCGAAUUUUUGGAUCAUUGUAAACGUAACGCAGAACGGUAUUCUUCAGAGAAACAAAGCAAUACUUGAUUAGAGAAUAAUUGUAAAUAGAAAAUUUUUAAUGACCACAACCAAGUUAUACGUCAUACUCUCUCUCUCUCUCUCUCUCGAUUAAUCUCUAGUUUGUUAUUAUCAAGUAAUGAUGAGAGAGAAAGACUGUUGUACAAAAUAAAGAAAUAUAUUUUUUUCAUAUUUGGAUAA